CAGCUAUAAAACACUCAUCCGCUCCUCCUGCCCCUCGUUAAGCUUUCAAUUAAUUUUACACCCACCAUUCUCUCUCCCUUUUAUCCCCCUAAUCACCGUUUUUGUCUGCGACCAUGGCUUCGAGCAUGAACUUCACCGACAAGACUCAAGAGUCGCUGGCCGCGGCAAUCCAGCUCGCGAAGGACUAUGCUAACGCUCAAGUCUACCCCGCGCACAUUGCGUCUGCGCUCCUGAACGAAAGCGCAGGAGAGCCGGCCGCACCAGGAGGUUUGACCCAAGCUCAUGGCGCUUCGUUGUUUCACAAUGUCAUUGAGAAGGCGGGCGGCGACUCGACGACGGUCAAGCGUGGUUUGCAGAAGCUCAUCGUCCGGAUACCCACUCAGUCGCCACCGCCGGAUGAGAUCUCUUUUAGUUCCGCCGCGCUCAAAGUGCUCAGGGAGGCUGAGAACUUGCGGAAAACGAUGCACGAUUCCUACAUUGCCCAGGACCACAUCCUUGCUGCACUUAUCAAGGAUACGUCAAUAGAACCUGUGCUGAAAGAGGCCGGCCUCACUGAGGCUGCUCUUAAGACCGCAAUCGACCAAUUGCGGGGCAAUAGGCGAGUUGACACCAAGAACGCCGAGGAGGGCUUCGACGCGUUGAACAAAUACGCAGUCGAUCUUACCGCACUGGCAGAGGAGGGCAAGCUCGAUCCUGUCAUUGGCCGUGACAAUGAAAUUCGGAGAGUCAUUCGUAUUCUCUGCAGACGGACAAAGAAUAACCCGAUUCUACUGGGUGAGCCCGGUGUCGGAAAGUCCGCCAUUGCAGAAGGCCUCGCGCAGCGUAUCAUCAACCGCGAUGUCCCAGCUUCCUUACUCUGUCGCUUGUACUCGCUCGACAUGGGUGCGCUCAUGGCUGGUGCGAAGUACAAGGGUGAAUACGAGGAGCGUAUCAAGUCGGUCCUUAACGAGGUCGAGAAGGCCGCUGAGGAAGGCCCCGGCGUCAUUCUUUUCAUCGACGAGCUGCACCUCAUCAUGGCUGGCCGCGGCGCCGAAGGCGGUGGCAUGGAUGCCGCAAACCUCUUCAAACCUCUUCUUGCGCGUGGCAAGCUGCGAUGCAUCGGUGCGACAACGCUUGCGGAGUAUAGGAAAUACAUCGAGACCGAUGCUGCCCUCGAGCGUCGGUUUGCGCAGGUGCUCGUGAACGAACCGACCGUUCCGGAAACGAUCAGCAUCUUGCGUGGUAUCCGCGAUAAGUACGAAGUACAUCACGGUGUACGGAUACUCGAUGGCGCGUUGAUCCAAGCUGCCACGUUGGCGCACCGUUACCUAACGUCGAGAAGAUUGCCUGACUCUGCUAUUGAUCUUGUGGACGAGGCUUGCGCAAGUGUUCGCGUCACGCGUGAAACAGCGCCUGAAGCGAUCGACAAGCUCCAGAGACGGAAACUCGAACUCGACGUUGAAAUUCACGCACUCGAACGCGAGAAGGAUGAAGCAUCGAAGGAGCGUCUUGCUAUCGCGCGCAAGGCAAUCGCGAACGUCGAAGACCAGUUGCAACCUCUGCUCGCACAGUACCAAGCCGAGAAGUCGCGUGGCGACGAAAUUGCCAGCGUCCGGCGCAAGAUGGAUGAGCUCAAGGCGAAAGCGGACGAGGCCGAGCGGCGGUACGACCUCGCGACUGCUUCUGACCUGCGAUAUUAUGCUCUGCCUGACUUGCAACAACGGCUUGCGCAGCUGGAGGCGAAGAAGGCAGAGGAGGACGCGAAGGCUGGCGUUGGUAGUGACACAGUAACCCCAGAGCAGAUCGCCGAGAUUGUCGCGAGGUGGACGAAUAUCCCUGUGACACGGUUGAUGAGCACGGAAAAGGAGAAGCUGUUGAGGAUGGAGAAGAUCCUUAGCGAGCAGGUCGUGGGCCAGCCAGAAGCCGUCAAGGCUGUGGCGAACGCGAUCCGGCUCAGCAGGAGUGGUCUCGGAAAUGCUCAGCGACCAAUUGCGAGCUUCCUCAUGGCUGGCCCUUCGGGUACGGGUAAGACAUUGUUGAGUAAGACGCUCGCGACGCUCCUAUUCGACUCGCCGGACGCCAUGAUCCGUAUCGAUGCUUCGGAGUACUCUGAGAAGCAUUCAAUCUCGCGUCUCAUUGGCGCUCCUCCGGGCUACGUCGGCCACGACCAAGGUGGUCAGCUCACCGAGUACAUCCGCCGCAAGCCGUACUCGAUCAUCCUCAUCGACGAGAUUGAGAAGGCAUCUCGAGAGUUCUGCACGCUCUUCCUGCAGGUGCUCGAUGAUGGUCGUCUCACGGAUGGCCAGGGUCGUGUUGUCGACUUCAGGAAUACGGUCAUCAUCAUGACAAGUAACCUCGGAGCUGUCUUCCUCAACGAUAUGGGUGAAGGUGCUGUCAAGCCGGAGACAAGGGAGCUCGUCAUGGGCGCCAUUCGGGCGCACUUCCCGCCCGAGUUCAUCAACCGUAUCGACGAGAUCGUCAUCUUCCGCACACUAUCACAGAAAAGCAUCCUCAAGAUCGUUGACAUCCGUCUCAAGGAGGUCCAGGAGCGUCUGGCUGAUAAGAAGAUGGUCUUGGACGUCGAGCUCGCGGCAAAGCAGUACCUCAUGUCGAUCGGCUACUCACCAACAUACGGUGCGCGGCCACUCAACCGUGCAAUUCAACAAGAGCUGCUCAAUCCACUUUCCGUCCUGAUCCUCUCCGAUCGCAUCCGCGACGGCGAGACGAUUCGGGUGAAGUUUGACGGCCCGCACAACCGGUUGGCGAUCAUUCCGAACCACGAGGGUAGCGGAGACAAUAUGGAUGUCGACUACGAGGAUAUCGACGGCGACGUCGAGAUCGAGGAGAUGGACUGAGCGACGAGCGCGUGCACCUUGUAGUGUAGUAAUUUCUUUGGAGUCGGACAUUCAUGAAUCCAAAAGCAUGUGGCAUUGUAUCUUUAGCAAUCAUCAUUGUACUGUCUCUGUAAUACCAAUACAUAUUCUCUCCCUCUGUGUCCUCUGCUGCGUGCUAAGAGUGUCCCACCUUCUUUGCUGCAAUGAGCGCAAUGCGUGAUGUGCGUUUGACCCGGACAGCUUCGGAAGGUUCUAUGUCAAUAUACCGGACCCACUGCCUCGGUGAUAAGCGUUCCUCGUUAGACAAACUGUUAUACAGUCAGUUCUCCUCUUCCUGUUUCACUGUUGACU